GCGGUCAUAACGUCACAGGCAAGAGCCGCCAUUUUGACUGAGCAACCCUAGUGACAGGAGCCGAACAAGCCGCGCAGGUUGUCCCGUGUCCCCUCCCCCUUCCCUUCUCCAGUUGACUUCCCGGGUCCCCUACACUCCACAGUCCCGGCCCCGCCAUGUCCCAGAAACAAGAAGAGAACCCUUCGGAGGAGACCGGCGAGGAGAAGCAGGACACGCAGGAGAAAGAAGGUAUUCUCCCUGAGAGAGCCGAGGAGGCAAAGCUAAAGGCCAAAUAUCCAAGCCUAGGACAAAAGCCUGGAGGCUCCGACUUCCUCAUGAAGAGGCUCCAGAAAGGGCAAAAGUACUUUGACUCAGGAGACUACAACAUGGCCAAAGCCAAGAUGAAGAAUAAGCAGCUGCCAAGUGCAGGACCAGACAAGAACCUGGUGACUGGUGACCACAUCCCCACCCCACAGGAUCUGCCCCAGAGAAAGUCCUCGCUCGUCACCAGCAAGCUUGCGGGGGUAACCUGGGCCCCCUUCUCCUCCCCUUCCUCACCCACUGGACUUCUAUAUGUCAUAGGCAGGGAUGGAAUGGGCACCUAGUUCUGUCUUCUCAGCUGGCUAGCCAGAAAUGACUGGGAGUCUUCUGGGGGCUGCUGAGAAGGUAAUGUGGGCUGAAGAGGGGCUCUGAGUUCAUUUCUUUGGUUAAAUUGGGAUUUCCACACCCUCUCUAUUGCCCAGGUAGGAGUUCAGAAAUAGGACACUAGGCUUGGAUAAUGCUGCAGACUCUUUUUCUUUUGUAUGAAAAGCUGGGGAGAUGAGAUUUCUUGUUUUGGAAGAGAAUAUCCCAAAAUUGGUUAGGCUCAGCCUUGGGAAUAAUACGACAGGUUUAACAUCCCAAGCCUAACCUGACAUGGUUGGGAAAGGUAGAUUGAAUGAGAUCUGUUUUCUGUGCUUCUAAGUGUUUUGUGUAUUGGGCUGCUGUUGCUUCAUGUGUUCAUUAUGGCAGGUUUAAUGAAUCCUCAAAAAGAAAAACUGGUUUGCUUGCCUAAAACUGUAAUGCCCACUUAACCUCCUUCACUCAGUCAGUGUCUUUUAUGGUUUACCCUGGCUCUUAAAUAAUGUAAAGAUUUGAGAAUGUUGUUCACAUAAAUGGGCACCUUCUCUCUCUCCCUUCCAGCAUGUUGCUUUUGAAACUAUCAUGUGAUAAUGGAAAGAGCUCUGAGUUAGGAGUCAAGAUAUCUGGGUUCUGGUUCCACUCAGUCUAGGCAGAACCGACGUGUAACCUUGGUCAAAUAAUUUAACCUCUCUGGAUUUCUAUUUCCUCCUCUGUAAAAUAGAGUUGAAUUUAGAUAAGAUUGAUUCUGAUUCUGAAAUCCUGCAAAACUCUUGUGAGGGGGGCCCAUGGGUGAGCCUACAGAGGGGAACCAUUUGAAGACGACAUGGGAAGAGAAGUUGGGGUUUGGGGGUUAUAAAUUCAAGCAGGAGGGUCUUAUAAGUGUCAUGGUCUUGAUCAAGAAAAAAAAUUCUGAGAAGCCAGCCAUGAAAGCUUCUUGCCUCUGCCCCCACCUGCUUUCCUGGCCUAUAGUCUAGGCCCUUGCUGCUAAAAAGCUGCUCUGGCAGCCAAGCUAUGGCCUGAAGAAAUAUGCUCAGUCAUGCCCAUGUGGAGUCCCACAUUUUAGAUGUUACCAGCUGCCAGGUGUAUUGUUAGGGAGACAAGAAAAGGGAUAAACUGAGCAAGCCUUCGGGGCUUAGUGAUACUGCAGUAAGGCUGGAGCAGCAGGUUCUCAGGAGAUGACUCACCUCGGAGGAAGCGGGGAAAGGUGGUUAGGGAGAAAGAGAAGGAAAACUGAGAAAUCUCUGCCCUCCUAGAGCUCAGUAACCUCGCUCCUGUGCACUGAGAAGUAGCAGUGCUGAUCUUGAACCAGGUGGAGGAAAGGGGUUGCAGGUGGCCAGCAUCCUCAAUCUAGUUUUCCCUGGCUUGGCCGACUGACUGAAUGUGGCCUGCUAGUUAUAGGCAGAGAGUAAGAACUGGCUGUUGAAGAGAGGAAGCUUCUGUAAUCCUCUCUUGCCUUCUCACCUCACCAAUUCUGAUAUGCCACACAUCUGGCCCAAUGAGAAUGCCUGAUGAACUUGCUGAUGCUCCUGUGGGGAGAUGGAGUGUGUUUGUACGUCUUUCCUGACCAGCCAUUCACUUCUCAGGCCAUCUUUCAGAUUGGAUAGGAAAAAGUUGGUGAGGGAGGAAUGGAGAGAGCAGGAUCCCAUGAUUCCCUGGCUCCCAAACUCCUUGACUGUCCCUUGUAACUGUAUAUAAUUUUUGUGUUUCUUGCUCCAUUUGCUCAUACUGUCUUCCUUAGUCUAAGGUCCAUGUGGGAAGGGGAAAUGCUGAACAUCCUUGUAUAGUUUCCUCAACUGUCCCAGACAUGUUGUACAUAGAUAUGUCAUGUUAUUAUAUAUAUAAAUAUAUAUAUAAUUUUGUACGUUUUCUUCA